CAACCACACAAAACUGAAACGACCAGUCAUCUUCUGUUUUCAAUUAUCUUUCGGUUUUGCUUCGGGGCGGUGGUGAUGAUGAUUACGAGUUAAAAAGCUAACAACUUUGAUUGCAUUUGCAAGGAUUUCCUUCUUAGGUUCCUUAACUUUUUCCUUGUUUAUCUGUUUUUGAUGUUUAAAGGACUUGCCUUUUAGUGGGUUUGUUAGUUUUUUGCGUGUCUUUCUGUGUGUUUGGCAAAAGAAACGAGCUUUGAAGAUGGCUUCUGUUAAUCUCUACAGUUCCUCCUUGUCAUCCUCUCGUUUACAAGGUCGCUACACUGGUCUGCAUUGUGUGUGUCCAUUCAUGGGAAGAGGGCACCUUACCUGUCUGGGAUAUGGUAACCUUGGAAAAAAAGUGUGCUUUAGUUUCAAACGUGAUGGUAGAGGUAGGGCUAGAGCCUCUUUGAUAUCUGGAGAGGGUGAUGUGCUAUCUUAUCCCAAUGAUAAUGUAGUUUCGGGCCAGGAUAAGUUUGUGAAUCAAUCACCUGCGAUUGAGUUACAACCUGAUGCUACAGGUUUUGGAACAUUAUCAGCGGAAAUAACUCCCACCACUGCUGGUUUCUUAGCUGCUAAUGAUGAAUAUGACCUUGAUCGUCCUACAGAAGGAUUUGCUUCGAUCCCAGAGGCCAUUGAGGAUAUUCGUCAAGGAAAGUUAGUAAUUGUUGUUGAUGAUGAAGACAGAGAAAAUGAGGGGGACUUUAUAAUGGCAGCGUCAAAGGCAACACCAGAAGCUAUGGCAUUUAUUGUCAAGCAUGGGACUGGUAUAGUGUGUGUGAGCAUGAAAGCAGAAGAUUUAGAUAGGUUGGAGCUUCCGUUAAUGGUAACUCAUAAGAAAAAUGAGGAAAAACUGUGCACUGCAUUCACUAUAUCAGUGGAUGCAAAAUGUGGCACAACAACAGGUGUCUCAGCUCGUGACAGGGCAAUAACUGUACUGGCUCUUGCCUCCAAAGAUUCAAUACCUGAAGAUUUCAAUCGCCCAGGCCAUAUUUUCCCACUCAAGUACAGGGAGGGUGGUGUUCUAAAAAGAGCUGGACACACGGAAGCCUCAGUUGAUCUUACAAUGCUGGCUGGGUUGGAGCCUGUUGCUGUUUUAUGCGAAAUAGUGGAUGAUGAUGGCUCUAUGGCAAGAUUACCAAGGCUUCGUCAAUUUGCACAAGCAGAAAACUUAAAAAUCAUUUCAAUUGCUGAUCUAAUCAGAUAUAGGAGGAAAAGGGAUAGAUUGGUGGAGCUGGCUGCUGCUGCUCCAAUACCCACAAUGUGGGGGCCAUUCAAAGCCUACUGUUAUAGGUCAUUGCUGGAUGGGAUCGAGCAUAUUGCAAUGGUUAAAGGUGAAAUUGGGGAUGGGAAAGAUAUUCUUGUGCGGGUACAUUCUGAGUGCCUCACUGGCGACAUUUUUGGAUCAGCUAGAUGUGAUUGUGGGAAGCAGCUAGCGCUUGCAAUGAAGCAAAUUGAGGCAGCUGGCAGGGGUGUUCUGGUGUAUCUUCGUGGACAUGAAGGUAGAGGAAUUGGCUUGGGUCACAAGCUCCGUGCUUACAACCUACAAGAUGAUGGACGAGACACAGUUGAAGCCAAUGAGGAGCUUGGUUUACCUGUUGAUUCUCGAGAAUAUGGCAUUGGUGCACAGAUACUAAGAGAUCUGGGUGUUCAUACAAUGAAACUGAUGACAAAUAAUCCAGCAAAAUAUGUUGGGCUCAAAGGCUAUGGUUUGGCAGUUGCAGGCAGGGUCCCCCUGUUGACACCAAUAACCAUGGAGAACAGGAGAUAUCUGGAAACUAAGCGAGAAAAAAUGGGGCAUGUAUAUGGUUCGGAUAUUAAUGGCCAUGUAAAUGGUCCUAUCAGCAAAAACAACAAUUCAACCAGUGGCAGCCCAUCUGAUGGUUCAUCCAAGGCAUGAGUGCUUCCUUCAGGUCUGUUCAAGGGAGCAGAGCGAAAUAAACCGUAAGAUCCAAAAUCUUUUUCUCAUGAAAGACCAUUCUUUGCUGCCCUUGCAUUAUUUACCUGUAUUCCGUUUUUUUACAAUGUAAAUAAUUCUCGAAUGAUUUUUUUCCUUGUGGUGAAGUAAGAGGAUGCAGUUUUAUUUCAUAUUAUUGUAAUAAACACAGAAUCAAGUUCCAUUUGAGGCUCUAUCUACCUUGAACUGUUCAACGAGAAAUUAUAUAAAAUAAAAGUUUCACGAAGAACAAA